CUUCGGAAGUGGAAAAGAAAAAGCAACAAUAUCAGGAAAACAUAAAUCGCAAGGCUUUAAUAGACUAGGUGAGGGUGACUGGACUAAGGAAUCAACGAAAAAGAAAAAUGGAUAAACUACUCGAAGAUCUGUCCACUGAUAUAAUCAGGUAUCCCACUUCCAAAGGUGCCGCCUUCAGUUGGCCUGCGCCCGCAGGGAUAAGUGGAGGGAUUUUGGCUAUUCGUGCACGGGUUACAUAUGAUUUUUGGAAAUUUUUCAUGAUGGAAGGUAGGAAAAACCUUUACGAGUACAACUCCAAGAACGGAACUGAUAUCAAGAUUUCCCGUGAAAGGACAUUACCGCUGGAAGAUCAGGAUCGAUUAGGAUUGUUCAUUCGCAGAAGUAUCCGAGAUGCCUACACAAGAGCAAAUAAAAAAUGUGUAGAAAUUUCGUUGAGAAAGUCAAUGAUAAAAAUUGGUGAUAAUAAUCCCCUAAAGCCUGCUAUUGCUGCAAUUGUAUUGAAUUUGGAUCUAACUGCAUGGUCGGGCUUGCCAAUAGAAGAACUAUUGACUGAGAAGGAGAAAAAUUCCGUGAAGGCAGGCGAAAUAGAAAGAGGAAGCAUGAAACUUCCUGAGAUCGACCUGCCAGUAAGCAAUCAGGAUGAACAUCUUGCCUUGGAUUUGAAUAAAGAAAAUGAAGAGGACACUGCUAAUUCACACAAUGAUGAAGAGGCUCAGUCCUCAACAAUGCUGAAGAAACGUUCCCUUGAAAUGGAAGAUGAACCACCUGCAAAGAAAGCAGUACAGUAA